AUGCGAGACACUCCCUCCAAAUUCAUCGAGAUCCUUGAUCCUAAGGACUCGCAUGCCCGCAUGUCCGACUCGGACGUCCGCCUCGAGGACGUGCUCGCCGAUCACGAAGCUACCAUCAGCCGGCCGCGCUCCUCCACCACAUCCUCCACUAAACCUCUGGACAAGUCGCAUCUCGCCCGUGCUAAUUCCACCUCACCCACUCAGCGGUGGAAGCGUCUGAGUAAUAUCCUAGCCCAACCGCGCCGGAACUCCUAG